GACUUUUAAUGUUGGUACUGUUUAAUAUGGUUGUUUAUUAAUUAGUUUGGUUUUGGUGGGCGCUUAAUAUUUUGGUUUGGUUUAAGUUGAUACUUUUGUUUAUUUUACAACAAUUACAAUAGUAUAAUAUCCCAGAGCCUCCAAACGUUAGGAACUUUUUUGAAGUAACUUAUUUUACGGUAUAGACACUCUUAUUUACUAAAUAAAUUAGUAAAUUACUUAACUAAUAAAUGUACCCGUUACAUAGCUACUUAAACAUUGUAUAUAAACAUACUCUAAAGAUACAUACAUAUGCAUGUACAUUCUAGAAUAAAACUUAUUACACAUACACUACACAUAUUAUAUAUUACUAUAUAUUAUAUUACUAUGCAAACAUAUACAUCCUAAAAUAUUACUUUUUUGAUCCGACAGAUAAACUAGGUAUAUAGUUUUGUUGGACUGUACACUAGUUUAUAAGUGUUUUCACCUUUUAACAAUAAAUAAAUAAAAAAGUAAUGGAAUAAAUAUGUGUUUAGAGUGUGUUUCGACAAAAACAUAAGUUACUUUUAUUAAAUUCGAAGCACUGAUUUUUAUUGAAAUGGUAUAUUUCAUUACUAUAUUGGCAGACUGUUCCUGUAUAUUGCAGACCUACCUUAUAAAAGAAUAACUGAACUUUUGUUAUAUUGAAAGUCUUCAACUAUAUACCUAUAUGAUGCCUAGGGGACUAUAUUCUCACAGACACAAUUACAAUUUUUAUUAAACCCCAGAAAGAUUUUUUUUGCCUACACAAGGUUUGUUUUCAACAAUAAAUUAUUGAGUUAAAUGACGAUUUAUUAUAUCAUUAUAUUAAUACAAAAAUAAAGAAAUUUUGUAAAAAUGUUAUAAUCUCUUACUAUUUAAUUAAGUCUUAAUUGAGCCAUGUUAUGCAAUAACCUGUUAACCCACAAAAAUAUGAAUUUUAAGUUAACGCCAUCUAGCUUUUGUAGGCUGUCUCCUGAACCCUUCAAAAAAUGUUGAGGCAUGUAGUAAAUUUAUAAAAACGCCAUCUACCAAAAAUAUGUUCCUGCAGUUUGCGGAACUAGUCUUCAACAAUUUUGCAAUAAUCGAUUACAAACCUGUCACAACACGCGCGCUUUUCUUCUGUGACAAUUACUUUUAAAAUUUUGUUUUCGUUGAAUAAGGCGCCUUUCAGUGAAAUUUAAUGUAAGUGUAGUAUUGUGUAAAAUUCAUGAAACUGUGGGUUGUGUGAAUUUCAUCAUUUUACAAGAGUUUUUAAGUACCUACUUGUUGCAACAAGUCACAAGGUAAGUUUUCAGUGUUUGUUUGUAAUGUUUUCUCCUCUUCUAUACAGUCAAUAACGCACUGAAGUGGUUUUUCUCGUCGUAAAGAACCAUGUAAUUGGAAUGAAAUUAAAUAACUUCCCGAUCAUUACGAAAAAGCUGACAAUUUAAAUUUGUGUAAUUUGUAACUGGUUAUUGCUUUAAUACUCGUAGUUUAAACGAAACGAUUAGUGUAUUUAUCUUUUUUAUAUUAUUCUAUAAUUUAAUCCAAAGAGAAGCUAAUAUUAUUAUGAGGGAAGGUUACAAUAACAUAUAAGAAUGUUUAUUUAAACUCGUUGUAGGCAGAUGAUAGUAAUUUAUAAAAACAUUAAAAUAUUUAAUUUUUUAGUAGGUUAUUGCGAAAUUGCUAUGAAAAGUUUUAGGUAUGUGCUAAAACCAUGCAUCGUAUAAUACUUUUCAUAUUACGAAACUAAAGCCAAUAAUAAAUUAUUUUCAGGUAUAUAACAUGAACUCUAGAGCACAGAAGCUUGUCGCAAUGGCUCGUGACGAGCAUUUAUGUAAUAAAAACGAUAAAAAAGAAGAAUCUGAAGAAGAAGAAUCUUCUAACAAUGGAGCCGUUACAACUUUAGCACAGUUGAAACAGGAUUUACAUCUUAAACGUUAUAAUACUGCUUCACGUUCGUUAACUUAUAAACAUUUUGAGCGUGACUUAAGCUAUAAUGAUUUAAAUGGAAGUAAUAUAGAAGAGUCUAUAGAUACUUCUCAGUUAAUACAUCUGGAUGAUUUAGACAUUGUUCCUAACAACCUUUCUAGUAUGUUUAAUGAUUACGAUGACGAAGGAAACGAAAUUAUCGCGGAAAUAGAAGUAGUAGCUUCAACUUCUAAUACUGAUAACGUUGUUCAAGAUUGCAUAGAUAUGUCUGCAACACAACUGACUGAAAAUGAUAAUCAAUCGAACAUUUUAAACUGUAUCGAACAACCACAAUCAAGUCGUGAGAAUGCGCAGCAAUUAGAGAGAAAUAAUAUCGGUAGACCCAAGCGCGGAAGAAAAAGAAAAGUAGAAGACCAGCCUAGAAAAGAGCGAAAACGAAGAGCCAAUGUAAACGAAAAGUAUAUCAAUGCGAAAGGAAAAGAAGUAUUACCAAAAGAAUUCGACAAUACAUACCGUUGUGAUUGCAAAAAGAAAUGCACAACGAUCUUGUCAGUUGAUAGCCGGAAACAAGUAUUUGACCAAUUUUGGUCUCUUGGGUCAUUCGAAGGUUGAUGUGCUUUCAUUUGUGAAACUGAUACCGAGAGACGCUAAACCAUUUUAUGAUUUCUUAAAACAUACUCCAGGUGUUUCUAUUGAUGAAGAUAUAGAUGGAUAUCAUGUUGAAGAUAUUGAACAGAUAUCAGAGGAUGGAGAAGACUGAUCUCUUAUUUUUGAUUAUUUACCGCUGUGAUCUCUUAUCGAUCUCAAUUUUGUUGAUUUUUUCAAAUUUAUAAUUAUGUUCGUAAGUUUGCUGCAUUUUUUGUUAGCUUGUUCUACUUGUCCCACUGCUGGAAAAACGUAUCCUCCAUUUUCCUAAUGAUUUUUAUUAAUUAACAAUAAUAUGUCAAGGACUUGCAAAACAUUUUAGCACUUAAAAAUGCUCUGGUAAAAUUUUGCAAUAAACUAUUUGGGCUUAUAUGUUUAUUUCAAAAAUCUUAAUAUCUUGAUUGUAAUUUCGCAAUAAACAAUUCAUCAUUAUUUCAUUUAUUUUAAUUUUCCCUGUAACUCUCACUCUAUUAAGCUGUGUUUGAAUCACUAGAACACAUGAUGACCUAUUUAAUAAGUUUUGGAUAAAACCAGAAUAGCUUAUGAGUAUUUUUUGUAGCUGUUAAUUUCUUUGAGCUGAGAUUUCUCCGAUUUAGGUUUUUUAGGGUUGACAUGUUAUUGCAUAACAUAGCUCAAUUGUCAUUGUUUGCUUCAUAUUUUAUAUUUAUAUUUGAAGUUUAUAAAUAUGAUUAUUUACAUUAAAAAAAAACGUAUAUUUUUUGUUUCUAUUAAAUAUUUUAAAAACUUAAUACAUAGACAUAAAUAUAUACUGCCAUCUUAUCAUAACUUGCCUCAAAGAUUUUGUAAUCUAUCCAGAAAAUGGCACUACUUUCGUCGUAAUUUUUUGUAACAAUUUUAGUAGGGAAGAACAUAUUAUACAAAGUUGAAGACUAGUUUUAUGAGGUUUAAAGCGUCUGGAAGGAAUAACCGCCCACAGGAACUGUCUGUCAAUAUGAAAUAUUUAAUUUGUAUAAUAUUCUAUGUGGCAUAUAUAAAAAUCAAUGCUUCGAAUUUAACAAAAUGUUUUUGUCUACCAUUUCUACCUGCUACCUGUGAACGGACAGCCUAGCCAAACUAGCGAGUAUGCAAAUGCACACACAUAUAAGAGUCUAGUCUACUACCGUAAAAUUCGUUACUUCAAAAAUGAGUAACGUCGGGGUCCCUGGGAUCUUACUUUAUAAUACAUAGAAAGACUGUUGUAACAACAGAAUGUUGAUCAACAUUCUGUUGAUUAUCGGACGAGGCCCAGCAGCGCAGGUGAUGGUGGUUAUACGGACCUAACGUUAGGUUAAAUUCCCAACAAUAAAAUUAUAAAAGCAGCAGGUAAAUGCUCCAAUUUAUGUUUAUAAAUAUUGUGUUAUAUGAUAUUUUUUCUUUUUGUUUUAUGCAUGCGUAGUAUGUCGGAUGACAGAAAAUCGUCCAAAGCUUGGCAGUUUUUUACGGAUCUCAAAAAUAACAAAGCAAAAUGCAAUUUUUGCCACAAAGAAUUCUCAUAUAAAGGUGGUGGAGCUUAUAAUUUGAUAAGGCACACAAAAAGCAAGCAUCCGCAUGUUUUCAUCGCUAUUCGUGAAUGCCCACUAACAAAUACAGCAUCAUCUACAUCAGCAGAAGUUCACCCAUCAACAUCCACGUCUGCCACUGAUGCGACGACACUAGAACCUGAGACGCAUCAGCCAAUUAAACCUGUCUCGUCAGUCACUACAACCACAGUUAAAGCCAAACCCUACAACGCCAGAUUGACACAAUAUUUUAGUAAACCACUUUCAUCAAAAAAGAACGAUCAUCUUAAUAAAUUGCUCGUUAAAGUAUUUACCAAAAAUUAUUUAUCAUUUCACCUAGUCGAAUCACCUGAAUUUAAAGACUUCGUAAAAGAACUGAAUCCGGCAUACAACUUACCAAGUCGCAAGACAUUGUCAAAUGCGCUAUUAACCAAUUUAUACAACUCAACAAAGGAAUCUGUUAAGUCAGAAUUACAUCAAGCAGAAUACGUCUGCUUAACUACCGAUGGGUGGACCUCCAGUCCCAAUGACAGUUAUAUAGCCGUAACAGUGCAUUUGUUUAAUCACCAGGCUCAUUUAAAAACCUUUUUAUUAGAAUGCAUCCAGUUUUCAGACAGUCAUACAGCCGAAAACCUAGCCAAGGAAUUAAAAAGAAUAUCUGAUCUUUGGGAAAUAACGGAUAAGAUUGUGGCAGCCACAAGCGAUAACGCAUUUAAUAUCAAAGCAGCUAUACGCUUAAAUAAUUGGAAACAUGUCGCUUGUUUUGCCCACACAAUUAAUCUUAUUGUCCAGACCUCAUUAAAAGAAAUAAAAAAUAUUACAAUGAACAUAAAACAUAUAGUAGAAGUUUUUAAAAGAAGUCCGCUUGCAUCCGAGAGGCUGAGAAAUAUGCAGCAAAAACUGGGUGAACCUCAGUUAAAAUUGAAACAAGAUGUUUCCACACGUUGGAAUUCAACGUGUGAUAUGUUUGAAAGGAUAAUAAAGAUAAAAAGCAGCGUCAUGUCCACAAUUGCCAUAGAUUAUCCGGAAACGGAGAACAUGACAGCCGAAGACAUUGAGGUCCUAGAAUCGGCAGUAGAAAUUCUUAGCCUGUUCAAAGAUGUUACUGAGGAGAUGAGCUCCGAAAAAAAUGUAACAAUUUCAGAGGUUAUACUUAUAUCGAACGCUCUAAAGAAGAACUGUCUCAAAUUUUUGUCCUCAUCACAUCCAGACUGUGUUUUGCGAAUGGCUCAAACGUUUUUGAAUGAAAUCACCUCAAGAUUUUCAGGUAUUGAGGAAAAUAAUAUUUUUGCCGAGAGCACAAUUUUAGAUCCUCGAUUCAAAAAAUACGGCUUUGAGAACAAAUAUGCGUAUGAAAGAGCGUGUACUAAUUUAAAAGCCAGGGCCGGGCGAAUUGCAAUUGAUAGCGGUCACACAGAUCUUGCAGAGCCGUCAUGUUCGUCACCAUCCCCUACGCGCAAACGAAGCAUAUGGGAUGAAUUUGAUCAACAAGUGGGUAUAAUAAUGAAAAACACCAAUCCGACUGCAGGGGGUAUUAUCGAGGUUGAUAAAUAUCUCAAAGAACCUUUACUGCCAAGGUCCCAAGAUCCUGCUAAGUGAUGGUUUUCAAAAAAAGAGGCUUACCCAUGGCUUUAUAAAUUAUUUUUGAGACGACUUUGCAUUGUGGCUACGUCUGUGCCUUCGGAACGUACUUUUUCCAAAGCAGGCCAAGUCCUUAUCGAACGAAGAAACAGGCUUAGUGGCAACAAAGUCGCCCAAAUAUUAUUUUUAAAUUGUAAUCUAUAAUUCAAUUUUUUUUUUCUAUAUUUUUCAAUUAAUAAUACUCAAUUCAAAUAAUAAUACUCAAGUAAUCUAUAGUUCUUUUUUAAUUAUUUUUCUAUAUUUUCAAAUAAUAAUGCUCAAGUAACCUAGCUUUUUUAAUUUUUUUUUCUAUAUUUUUCAAAUAAUAAUACUCAAAUAAUCUAUAGUUAUUUUUAAUAUUUUUUCUAUAUUUUUCAGAUAAUAAUACAUAUAUUAAAAUCAUUGGUUUAUUAUUUUAUUAACCUCCAAAAACCCCAUUUUUUUCAGGUUAGUGUACUGUUCUUACUUUACGAUGUAAUACAUUAAUAUGUCAUGCGCUCAAAAUCAAACAGACUAUUACAAUGACAAACGUAGCUAC